AUGGAUAUGAUAUACGGUCGAGUUGAUGAUUCGUUCCUCCUGCUCCCAAGAUAUCUGUAUGCCCUGAAGGAAGCGAAUCCUGGCACCUUAUAUGAUUUGGACGUAGAUGUAGACUGCCGGUUCAAACAUUUGUUUGUUGCUCUGUGGGCUUCCAUCUCACCUUUCUACUUUCACCUUCGACCAGUGAUUGUGGUUGACGGCACACACCUGAAGGGCAAAAAUAGUGGCAUUUUGUUUGUCGCCGUGACAAAAGACGGAAACGAGGCAGUUUUUCCCUUGGCGAUCAGUGUCGGUCCGAUCGAGAAUGAUGAGUCGUGGAAGUGGUUUAUGUCACAUCUGAGAGGUGCUUGCGGCGAGCCCGAUAACUUACUUAUUAUGAAGGGUUACAGGCCCGGUGUUGCUGAGCUUUUCCGCCAGGCUGCAUACGCCUACGAGCAAUCAGAUUACACGCGUGCAAUGUCAGCCAUGGCUGCUCUGAAGCCAAAGGCGUACGAGAAGUUGUUGCGCGUAGGCCCGGAGAAGUGGGCACGAUCACAAUGUCCUGUGUCCCGUUACAGCUUCCUUACAUCCAAUGCCGCCGAGAGUUUUAAUGCACGUUUGCUGUGGGCCAGGCGUCUUCCAAUCUGCUCGAUGUUGGAGGCAGUCAGAUUAGUUGUCGAGCAGUGGUUCAACGACAGGCUUGCGGCCGCACAAGAGAGCGAUGAAAAUCUGACUCCGGAGGCAAAACAGAAGCUCAGUGCAGAACUUGUAAAAAGUCGUCGUUACACAGCCAAGAGGACCACCGAGAGAAAAUACAGGGUUCGUGCUAGUGGUCGCCAUUAUAUGGUUGACCUUCAAAAGCAGAGCUGUGAAUGCAACGAAUUCAACGAGGACCAGAUGCCGUGUUCUCAUGCGAUUGCAGCCAUUACUGAGGCGAACGAGUCAGUGGAGGAUUACGUGCACUCUUACUACUGGAACAGUUCACUAGUUGACACAUACUCUGGUGACGUUAACCACUUGCCUCCCAUAGAGAAUUGGAAUAUUCCUUUCCGAAUUGCAUCUCAGCUUAUUUUACCAAAUCUCUCUCGGCGACAAGCUGGUCGUCCAAAGGAAACUCGAGUUCGAUCCGCAGGUGAAAGGCCGACUCAAAACACAUCAACAGCGGAGGCAUCAACUAGUAGCAAGAAACGAGCACCCAAAACGUGUGGUCUAUGUGGCGGGUCUGGUCACACACGUCGAUCGUGCAAGGGUACGGCCACCGAUGCGUAGUCGUAUUUAUUUUUCUGUUUUAUUUAAGUUCAUUUAGAGUUCCCUAGUUUAUUAUAUUAUUCUAAUUAUUAUGAUAUUAUUUCAAUUUCA